AUGUCCUUGACGAACACAUAUCCAGUGAUGAGAGACGCUGGCAUCCAACAUGGAUAUCACUGGCCCGAGAAUGAGGACUCAAACCAGGAUGACACUGUUCUUGACAGCAGCAGCCCUUUAACUAGUUUACAGAAUUUGACUGUGCCAUUUGACCCACUGGGUGGACAUGCAGUCUGGCAGGUUAUUGUGAUUGUUUUUUUUACUGGUUCUUUGUCCCUGGUCACUGUGAUUGGCAACAUACUGGUACUAGUGUCAUUCAAAAUUAACAAAGCACUCAAGACAGUGAACAACUACUACCUGCUCAGCCUUGCAUUUGCGGACCUGACUAUUGGCACCCUCUCUAUGAACCUGUAUACUACAUACAUCAUUAUGGAUACUUGGGCUUUGGGAAACUGGGCAUGUGAUUUGUGGCUUGCUAUAGACUAUGUAGCCAGCAAUGCUUCAGUUAUGAACCUCCUAGUUAUUAGUUUUGAUAGAUACUUCUCUGUGACUAAACCCCUGACAUAUCGAGCUAAAAGAACAACUAAACGGGCUAUGACCAUGAUCUGCUCAGCUUGGACCAUCUCCUUUGUGCUCUGGGCCCCUGCCAUCCUGUUCUGGCAGUUUGUUGUUGGGGAACGCACUGUGCCACCUGGAGAGUGCUAUAUCCAGUUCCUGUCUGAGCCAAUUAUCACAUUCUGCACAGCCAUUGCCGCGUUCUACCUGCCGGUCUCUAUCAUGACCUUUCUCUUCUGGAAGAUGUACAAGGAGACAGAGAAUCGUUCCAAAGACCUAGCUGGCCUGAAGUGCUCUGGCAAUCAAGGCAAACAUGACAAGGCUACCACCGGAGGUUCCAAGAGCAAUAGCAACACUGAUCUUAACCAACCAGUACAGAAUGACCAGACAGAGUCAGAUGAGGAUACUAAAGAAAGUCAGACUGGCAAACCAGCUUCAAAGUCUCCCUCUUCUAGUGUCACCAUGGCAAAGCGCUUUGCCUCAAAAGCCAAAUCACACUUCAGCAAACGUAAAAAUCAGUCAGUGGUGAAGGAAAAUAAAGCUGCUCAGACACUGAGUGCCAUUCUGUUGGCUUUCAUCAUUACAUGGACACCAUAUAAUAUCAUGGUCCUAGUAAACACAUUCUGUACUGGCUGUAUUCCUGAAACACUUUGGGCUCUGGGUUACUGGCUCUGUUAUGUGAACAGCACUAUCAACCCUAUGUGCUAUGCCCUCUGCAACAAGAAUUUCCGUGAUACAUUCAAAAUGAUCCUACUCUGUCAAUGGAAUAUGCAGAAGCAGAAUAAGCCACAAUUUCAACAAAGGCAGGCACCGGCCUUUCGUAAAAAAGAGCCACUUUAGGAUAACUUUUAGUAGUAGUUAUCAGACUGCUCUUAGAGUUACUUGUGAAAACAAGCCUUACACUCUUUGUAGGCUACAUUGUUAGUUCCUGAAGACACAGUAAAGCACUAUAACAUUUCUCCAAAUGAAUAAUUCUCAAUUCCCUGUUCUUCAUACAAUUCAGAUGUUUUUGCCAAUGUUUUCAUACAUUUUGAAAAAUUUAAAUGAUAACAUUACAGUUUACCACACUGCUCUUAAGGUUAUAUUCUCCCAUGUGUGCAAGUCACCCUACGAGCAUUCUGCUUAAGUAAUACUGAAGUCUAUUAUUUAUGCACAUGCAUGAACAGUUACACAUUUUUUGCAACUGUCAACCCACAGUAAUCAUCCACUUGUUUUUC